AUGGCCCAAACCCCAACAACCCCGCAACGCCAAAAACAGUCCUUCUCAGAUUACAUAAAAGCCCUAAACAGAGAGUUCUCCCUCGAGAUACCAGUGCCAGGCAUUGAAUCUCCCUCAUCUCGCGAAGGAAAUACAUCACCCCCAUGGCAAAUCUACAAGCGACUCCGUCCGCUUUUCUACAAGGGUUGCGCAAAUGGCUUGGUGGUGGAUUUGAGGGAAUGGGUUGUUGGUCAAGCUCAACCACCAGCACCAAUAAACCGAGUGAGUGAGAGUGGGAGGAUUCCGUGUUCAGCUGCGAGAAGCUAUCCUGUGAUGACACCCGCAAAUUCCCGGAUUGUUGAACCGUCUGAUCUCCCGCGAUCCUUGAGUCGGACUUUGAGUGUUUCUGAAUCGGCCAGAGCCGAUCGCAUGCGAUAUUUGCUUAAGUUGAUCGAAGAUGAGGAGUACAUGGUUACGAAUGGGCGUGUUGAGACGACAUCUACGCGGAAUUUCUUAACUUCGACUUCGACUUCGACUUCGACUUCAACGACUGGUCACAAACACGCCAACCAGCAUCAGAGUCCAAAUCAGAGCCUGGAGUAUGCUCGAAGUCAUGUUCGGCAACAUGUGGGCUAG